AAAUCCCCAUUCCGCCAUUAACGAAGAAUCUCAGCUCAGCUCAAAAUCUCCCUUUUUUUACACACACUAUUUACUCACAAAAACACUUUUUUCUUAAUGGGUUUUCCACUAGGCUACACAGAUCUCAGUUUCCCCAAAUUAUUCCUCCAUCUCCUUUCAAUUCUAGGUUUCAUCACAAAACUCAUCUUCAAUCUUCUCACAGUUCUCGGCUUCCCUGAUUUCAUCGAACCCGAAUUUCCAUACCCGAACCGAACCGGAGAAGAAGAGACGACCCGGUUGUGUUCGGUGUCGGCGGCGAUAAUCCGGGAGAUAUUACCGGUGGUGAAGUUUACCGAUAUAGUUGACCCGCCGGAGAACUGCGCGGUUUGUCUUUAUGAGUUUGAUUCCGGCGAUGAGAUUAGACGGUUGAUGAAUUGUCGACACGUGUUCCACCGGAGCUGUGUGGACCGUUGGAUGGAUCAUGAUCAGAAGACGUGUCCGCUUUGUAGGAAGGAAUUUAUACCGGAGGAUAUGAUGGGGAUUUUUAAUGAGAAAUUGUGGUUGGCUUUUGGGGUUUCUAAUUUUUACGAAGAGUAGUACCAUUAGUGGUUCGUAAUACAGUCAAACUUUUUUAUAACCACGUCGUUUUAUUUUUUUACGGUGAAAUAUUAGUAGGCAGAACAUAACGAAAGAGGAUUACGAAAUCUUGGUGAUCUUCUCUAUCUUUCGUAACCCAACGAUAUAGUAUAUAUUACAUAGUCUAUGGAUUGACAACUUACUCAUUCAGGGACGAACGUUUUCAAAAUGGGGAUUAUCGGAAAAAUUUAAUAUAAUAGACGCAUAUUGACAUUUCAGCCUUCCUUAU